GGCGGCGAUCGGCGCGGCAAAUCCGCGUUCGCACCCGGGCCUGCGGGGCAGGGGCGCGGCGCUCGAUUUCCUUCCCUGCCUCCGCAGGCCCUGUGCGCAUGCUCGGCCUACGCGGCCCCAGCCUUUGAUUGAUCGGUCGGCAGCGGCUGCGACCCUGGGCGGCGGACGGACGGGCAGGGAUGGGGAGCCAGGCGCUGGGAGCGGCGCAGUGAGCAAGCGGCGGCGGCCGGUGAGUACCGGUGAGUACCGCGGCAUGGGGCUCCGCAAGAAGAACGCCAGGAACCCCCCGGUGUUGAGCCACGAGUUCAUGGUGCAGAACCACGCGGACAUGGUCUCCUGCGUGGGCAUGUUCUUCGUGCUGGGGCUAAUGUUCGAGGGCACGGCCGAGAUGUCGAUUGUGUUCCUCACGCUGCAGCAUGGAGUCGUUGUCCCCGCGGAAGAGCUGCCUUCAGGGUCCAGGACCCUGUACCAUUAUGGGGUCAAAGAUCUGGCCACCGUGUUCUUCUACAUGCUGGUGGCCAUCAUCAUCCACGCCACCAUUCAGGAGUAUGUUCUGGAUAAGAUCAGCAAGAGACUGCAGCUCACCAAAGGCAAACAAAACAAACUGAACGAGGCCGGGCAGCUGAGUGUGUUCUACAUAGUGUCUGGUAUCUGGGGCAUGAUCAUUCUGACCUCUGAGAACUGCCUGUCAGACCCCACUCUGUUGUGGAGGGCGCCUCCCCACAACAUGAUGACCUUUCAGAUGAAGUUUUUCUACAUCUCACAGCUGGCAUACUGGUUUCAUAGUUUUCCGGAGCUCUACUUCCAAAAAGCCAGGAAGCAAGAUAUCCCGGGCCAGCUCAUUUUCAUCGGCCUGCACCUCUUCCACAUUGGAGGGGCCUAUCUCUUGUACUUGAACCACCUGGGCCUGCUGCUUCUGAUGCUGCACUAUGCCGUGGAGCUCCUCUCCAACGUGUGCAGCCUGCUUUACUUCGGGGAUGAGCGGUACCAGAAAGGGUUGUCUCUGUGGCCUGUCGUGUUUAUAUCAGGGAGACUCGUGACACUGAUUGUCUCGGUGGUCACAGUAGGGCUUCACUUGGCGGGGUCACAGACUCGGAACGCUAAUGCCCUCUCUGGAAAUGUCAAUGUGCUGGCAGCUAAAAUCGCUGUGCUGUCUUCGAGUUGCAGUAUCCAGGUGUACAUAACGUGGACCUUGACUACUGUCUGGCUUCAGAGGUGGUUAGAAGACGCGAGUCUUCAUUGCGCGGGGAGGAGGAGACGAUCCAGGGCGAGAAAAGGCACAGAAAAUGGAGUGGAGAAUCCGAAUAGAAUAGAUUCUCCACCAAAGAAGAAAGAGAAAGCUCCUUAAUGAGUUGCAAGUUAAUUGAGUCUUACCUCCAAGGGAAUCCACUCCUUGCUAUGUGGUGUCUCUGUGCUAGAGAUUUCCUGUUCUUUGGAACGGGCAGUGCUCUUUGAAUAUUGCUAUUGUACUGUCUAAUGUGUUUUUAAGGUUUUGGAGCCUUAUGAGUGGAAAAAAAAAAAAAAAACAAGAGGAAACCACUCAUCCUCAAAAUACUGUCAGAAUAAUUAACGGAUCAACACCAUAUUUAGUUUAGAGUCUUACCUCAGUGAUUUUCCAAAUGAUUUGUGGCGAUGACUGCAGAAUUGUGUGCAUAAAUAAUAGUUUCCUGCUUCCAAUGUUCUAUAUGGCAUUAACAAGACUGGUAGCAAAGUUGUUUUCUUAAUGUUCUCUUACAGCAUAAAGUGGAAAAUCUGAUAAAGGUGUAACUCAUCAGUAUUAUGUGAUUGUUGAGAUUUUUUUUAUUGUUUUGAGUUUACAACAGAGAAAAUAUUUGUCAAACCACCAGGAUAAUCAUGUGUUUAAUUUUAUGAAUAGUGGUUGUUAGUGCUACACCCCCAUUAAAGAAUCAAAACAUGAGUAGAUGACAUGCGUGUUGAUACUGAAAUCCAUUGAAUCAAAGUAUCUUUAAUAAAUAUGAUGGAUUACUGAAGAGGUAAACUUGUUCCUGUUUAUUUUAAACACUUGUACAUGAAAAUUUGCAAAAUUAAAUAUUACUGAAAAAAUACUCUUUUAAUACUUAUUUAAUGUGGUACUUAUAGAUUCAUAAAUAGUGUAUCAUAAGCAGUGUAUCAUAAGAAUAUUAUCUAAUAUGUGAAUAAUUUAAAAAUAACAUUUUAUAUAUAAGCAACAUAUGUUUAUAGGUAUAGAUAUGUGCAGCUUAUUAUAUCUGGGAAAUAUUUGACAUAUAUUAAACUUCAUUUGAAGAUGAGGUGACCAAAUAGAUUUAUGAAAGGAUUUUAAAAUGGUGCUGUUAUUGUAACUUUACUUCCAUCCUUAAUUGGGAAACAUCUAUAUAGGGCAAUCUUUGUUGAUUAUAUAUAUGUACAUAUGUAUAUAGUUUGUAUCUUUACAAAAGCCAAUAUGACCGAUGGUCUGUGGGGGUAAAUGUUUACAUCUGGCCUAAUUCCCAUGUUGAUUUUAUUUCCUUAGUGUCAGUGGUUUUGUCUUUUCGAGGAUGUGGUGUCCCACAACAUGCUGGGUUAGCUCUGUCUGUUUCCUGCAUUUCCUGUGCUUCUGCAAUCUCUUCUCACAUCUCUCUUCUCUGCUUGUGAUAGUCUCCUCUUAGAUGCUUUAAUCACUCAGCUUUUCCAAAAUUCGAGGUCCCUAAAACCUAGCAGAUCACAGACAGAAAAGGCAGACAAACAAUCUUUUCUACCCUGUCUUCUUUCAAAGGUAAGUAACAAAGAUUUCUUUCUUUCUAGAUAUGGAAGUGUUUUUUUCCUCACUCCCUUUUUCUCAUUUGCCUGACUUGUAGUGUUGGUAGUCCAUGCUCCGAGUUGUAAAGCCAUCUACGUUUAACCAAUUGUAAAGCCAAAUUUCAACUUUUUGCGUGACUCAGAACUGUCUCUCAUAUUCCUUACCUGUAAGGAUCUAAACUGUUACUUGCAUUCCAACUCAUGCUAACAAAUUUUGCAUCUACUAAGCACUUGACUUGCAAACAAUCAAUGCAAAUCUAAAUGGAAUCACUAUAAGAUCACAGGACAACUUUUGUGUCAUAUGACUGGUAAUGCUAAGAGUUAAGUUGAUCUUAGCAAUACAUUUGAUGAGGAUCUGGGUUGAUUUCCUUGAGAUUCUCUUAGCUCUCUACCCUUUAAAUUAACUUCCAACAUGGCAAACACUAACUCUAGGAAGGAAGGAAGGAAGGAAGAGUAAACCUAAGGUCCCAGAGCACAAACAGCUCUCUUUGGUACCACAUUUGAAAAGGAUACUCAAGGGGUGGUUGGUGUCACUGGUGGAAAAGGAAAAGUAACUUUCUUAUAAAUUCUAAGUCCAGAAGAAAUAAAUAACAGUUUGAAGAAAUGUUGGGAAAGAAUUCUAGAUACAUCUUAGUGAGUUCAGGAAAUAAAUGUCUGCCAAUAAAUUUUAAAAGAAACAUUACAGAUUUAAUUAGCUUGGUAUGAAUUUUUAAGUCUCUCCUAAAAAUAUUCUCAAGAAAGUCAUGAUUCAAGGCAUGAUUAAGGACAGCAUUGGCAUUAGUUAACCACAUGAAAUAUCAGAGUUAUCAUUAGAAGAUGUAAAAGUCUUAAGAUGUGUCUAGUAAUUGAACCCAAAGGUUCUGCUCACAGGGAUUAGCUUCAGUGUUUCUCUAAUUUUGCUACUUAAAUAACACUAUAAGAUAUAGGUGUCCUGGGAUGGAUUCCAAACACACUUCAUGUUUAAAAUGUGAAUCUAUUAGCAUUCAAUUAAAAGUCUGUCACAUUUUCCAUAACAAAUAAAAAGGAUGUGUCAUGCUGUAAGGGACAAAUAAGCUUUAGGUGACACCUUUUCCCGGUGGUGAGUAUAAUUCCAUUUCAGUUCAGUGAGGGAAGGGUAAUCUCGGAAAACGUCACUUCAUUUGUCUUCCCAUUUUUGUUUUAUAGUGUGAGAAGCAUGCACAGCCACUGCCAACUAUC